AUGGACUCCGACAACGAGACCGCACCGGCGCCAACACCUCCGGAGGAUGCACUGACGCCGGCGCUGGGAGCAGCAACAGAAAGAGAGAGGCAGGCAGAAAGAGAGAGGCGGGCAGCAGAAAGAGAAAGGCAGAGAUCUAGAAGAAGCAAAUCUUACAGAAGGAGGGCGGCUGCUGAAACCUCACAGUCUACUGCAGAAAUUCGCGGGUCCUCGAAGGAGGAAGGUUCGACCAUUAUGGACACCAGUCAACAGCAGACUCUCUUGCAUGAAGAAGAUGGUUCUUCUAGUAUGGACAUCAAGCAACAUCAGAGACUCUUGCAUGAAGAAGAAGAUCAACUGCCUGAUUGGAUGUCACAGCUGUUUGAGAAAUUGGAUUUGGAAGCAAGUAAGGAUGAUGAGUCCAUUUCUGAUGUUGCUCAAGCAGAGAUACAUCCUCUUGCAGAGGAGGUUAUUUCUUUUGAGAUUCAGAGAUCCACGGAGGAGAAAGAUUCGACCAUGUCUGAGAAGAGAGAGAGAGAGAGCUGGAGGCGAAUAGGGAUGGUAUUGGGUCCCUUGGUAAGGUCUCUCAAGGAGAGAGACUUCCUCUUGUGGAGGGGGUUGUUUCAUCCAAGGAGAAAUAUCUGCCCCUGUAUGCUACCUUCUCCUUUGAAUUAUUUACUUCGUAUACGCCGAUAAUGGCUAGCUAUCGCUAUUGGUUUGGGACUAAAAUGGGCUUUAUUCUUGUUGUAAUGUUGGUAUUUCAUUCAUGUUGUGCAGCCUUUUAUGCCUAAUAAAGCCACAUAUGGACAUAUUUUUCUAGUUCCUUAUACAUACUAUCAUUAGUGUAGUGAAAUGUGCUCUAUAUAAUUCUAUGUAAUAUUCUAGGGAGCCUUUAUUCUCACCUUAUUUUUGUCCCCACUGUCUCUUAUCUUACAACCAUCGUAAUGUUGUUGUCAGCCUUUUAUGCCUAAUAAAGCCACAUGCGAACAUAUAUUUUCUAUUUCCUUAUGAAUACCAUCAUUAGUGUAGUGAAAUGUGAUCUAUAUAAUUCUAUGUAAUAUUCUAGGGAGCCUUUAGGGGCUGAUUAGUAGGCUGGAUCAGUCCGUCUUCGCAUGCUUUACCUGAGUGGUCUCGUUCGAGCGUUGUGUUUGGUUUCCUCUACUGAAUGAAAACGAUGCACGAGACCAUGCAUUUGAGGCUGCCUUGAUGCAGGCAAUGCAUACGCAGAA